AUGCCUCACCGCGUCCUCGUUGCGCUGGCCUUGCUUCGCAGCGUCCCCACGUCCAUUUCGUCCUCUUCCUCUCUCUCUUCCUCCCUCUCCUCAUCAAGGGCGUCUUCCGAUCUCCUCCCCGCAGCCUCGCUCUCGAAUUCCAGUCAGUCCGAUAUCAUAGCCUCCGAUCGCUCCGUCUCCUCGCUUUCCUCCUCCUCCAAGCCCCGUUUCUUCCCUCUCACCCUCUCGCCCUCCCAUCUCUCUCCCGCCCCCCGCACGGCUUCCCCUCGAAGCAUGGGUCAAGCGCCAGCUCGUCCCGUCGGUCCCGCCAGUCCCCCACCAGUCUCUCCCUGUCCCAGCUCAAGCUCCAACGGCGCGGGCAACCGGAUCAAGCGCGCCUGGGUGGGGCGCAGGAAGAAGUCGGAGGACCUGUCCGCCAUGCUCGGGGGUAUGUACCGGUCGGUGAGCAGAGAACGCGGUGCGGGAGGGGCAAGCACCAGCAACCCGCCGUCUACGAUGUCCGACGUCGAGCGCGGAGACCUCAGGCUGGAGCGGCAAACAUCGCGAGGGCUCGCGGGCCCGAAGCUGCUCAAGCUGCCGAUAAACGUCUUUGGUACACGCAAGGCAAGUCCUGCGGCUCUCGAAGGCCCCGCCAUCGUCGCGCCAUGGAAUACGCCACAUGUGUCCCCCACGUCCCCUCCGCCUCCCACCCCGCCCCCCAAGACCGCGUCGGCUGCGAAGUUCAGUGCGGCAGCGCUGCCCCCGCAAACCCCACCCAAGGCCGCUCAGGUCCCUACGGUUGGGCCAAUCCCGAGGCAGACACCUCCCCUCAGUCACGUCCAAUACAUGAGGCGGCCAUCGGAAACCGGUGAUGCGGCUUCACAGCCGCCGGUCGAGCAACCGACGACCUCGCCGGAACGGCAGGAGAGGCCGGACAAAGAGAAGAUGAAGGACGACUGGAGGAAGAGUGAUGCGACCAUGACAAGUCACUCAACAGCUCGGCCGGGUUCCUUGUCUGGCAGCCGCUCGCCGCGUCCCGUCUCGCUCGCAGAAUCAUCGCAUUCAGGCAAUACCAUCGUCCCGCCCGUCAACAAGCGGCUGAGCGUGCUCAUCACGGAUGCAGAGUUCACCAUGUUUGAAGAGGCAGAUGGUUCGGUGUCUGAGCAAGAUUCCAUCUCCCGUCCACCUGCAUCGGGCCGUCCCUCCCCGACGCCUUCAUUGAAAGCCAGGAAUCGACGGUCCGCGUCCCUCAGUUUAGUCUCAGCUCGUCGACCCGACACGGCAGCUUCGCAUCCGCCCUUCCAGACCCCCGCCCGGACUACCCCCGAGAAGCCCCUUGCGUCUUCUCGCGACACGCCUACAUUAACGCGGACUGCGGCUGCUGGAUUCAUCGCCCCAGUGGGUUCCGCUGGUACGACGCAGUCGGCUAGCAACAACAUUCGCGGCAAACUCGCGGCUUGGACAGCGGCGUCAGCCCCGUCACCACAAGCGCUAGCCGAACGACCCCUUCCCCCUCCCCCCGCUCCGCAGCCAAGACGACAACCUGGUCAGCCCCAUCCCCCUCCCGUGAACCCCACCUUCCGCCAAACCGCUGUCAGUAUGACCGGCUCCCUGGCCCCAGCCGCUGGAUUCGCGAUGGGCUUCGGCAAGCGGGCCGUCGAGAAGGUCGGCCGAGCAUUCACGGGGCUUGCUUCUACGGCGUCGAACCACUCGGGCUAUUCAUCCUCCUCCUCUGUCGGCGUAUCCGACGGUGCUUCCGGCUACGCUUCGUCGCACAACUCCGGUGCACACGGCCGCAAAGCCAGGCGAAAGGUCCCGCAAGUCUCGAACACGUCAAGCAUCUCGUCUCUGGCGUCAUCGUCGUCCGAAGACCAUUAUUCUCCGUCCGGGCCCGUCCUCGGCCGGCGUAUACGGAGUGCGAAGGCAAGAGGGCUGGUAUUCCAGCGAGAUCUGAGGAACUGCGUGAGGGACACGGCUAUCGACGACGUGCAGGAUCGCUUGGGCUCUGAGAGCGAGGAGACGUUUGGUUUCAAGCCCCUGGAGACGAGGUUGCUUCCCGCGCUAGUGGUGCGUUGUGCGCAGCACAUUCAGCGUUGGGGUAUCCAGGAAGAGGGCCUAUUUCGUAUCAGUGGACGGUCAUCCCACGUCAACCAAUUGCGGUCCGAGUUCGAUGCAGGUGCGGACUACAACCUCGCCGAAUGUGAUCCCGGCGAUCUGGAUCCGCAUGCCGUCUCCUCCAUUCUCAAGACCUUCCUCCGCGAGCUCCCGGAGCCUGUGUUGACAAGAGCAUUGCUCCCCUACUUUGAGUCCGCGCUCGUGGACGACGCUGGCAGACGGAGCGAAGAUGUCACCAAGCAGACGCCGACUCGGAACGGCUCCAACCUCCCCCUGCGCAAGCCACCAUCAUUGUCGACCCUCGCUAUGCCCACUUUCGCUGGACAACGCGCCAUCUCGGAGUCCCAGCUCACUGCGUUCUCGUGGCUGAUCUCACGUUUACCUCAAGAGAACCGCGACCUCCUUUUCACCGUUGUCGAACUCAUCAAGCAGACCGCUGCCCAUUCGAAGGAGACCAAGAUGCCCCUCGGUAACUUGUUGCUCGUGUUCUGUCCUAGUCUGAACAUGUCCCCGACGCUCCUUCGAGCUCUCUGCGAGUCCGACUCCAUUUGGAACGGACCUCCAGCGCAAAUAGAUGUCGCCGCCGUUUUGCGAGGAAGCGCAGCCGCGCAAGGCGGCACGGCCAAACGUUCCGAGCCUCCGCCCCCUGACCAGGUGAUCGACAUGCGCCUACCUGUGAUCGAGUUGGACGAUGCGCCGGAUACUCCCCGCGACAGCCCGGACGAUUCAGCCUCAUUCGUAUCCGCCCUCGAGCCCACCUCUAAUGUCCCCACCCGCACUCCUAGUCCCCUAAUUUACGAUACCACUGUUCCACCUCUGUCCUCAUCCGACUCCCUAGAUUCCUCGUCGGUUUCCGAGGAACUAGUAUCUCCUGAACCCCCUUCAUUCCGGCCUGAGGACGCUAAAUUCCUUGGUUCCGCGCAUUCCUUGGCUAUCCCAGAAGUCGCCGCGCUCUCCCUCCCGUCACUCGCCCCACAACCCAGAGACAUCACCGUCCCCUUCCCAACACAAGGCGGCAGCGUUCCUCACUCACCAGUAACCCACGCGCCUCUCUCACACCGCAAAUCCUACACCCUUCUCUCUUUCCCCCAUCUCCGCUCCGAAUCCUCCCCGACCGAGACUACUUGCGACGAGAUGGGCGUCAUGAAGCGUCCCAAGCGCCCUUCGCUCAACCUCCUCUUUACGAAGAAGUCAACCUCUUCGUCAGCUGCUGGGUUAUACAUCAGCGCACCCAUCUCCGUCGACCAGCCAAUCCUCGGGAAUGCCCCUCCACGACUGGAGACUACCAUCACCUCGUCACCCAUACGCCUCGGCUUCGACGGCGGUCUGAAUCAGUUGCGCGACAUCCAUAACAUGCCUGCUGCGCGGUCCACCGGCUCCUUGGCUUCACGCUGCAGGCUCGAGGUCCCUGGCAUGAAUUCGCGGUCGGAUUCCGGCGGCUCCUCCGUUUUCUCAACCCCACAGUCAACGCCCAUCGCCGAUUUCUACCGCGGCAGGACGGCGUCGUUGUACGUCCCCGAGGUAUCCACCGCACCCGCAGCAGCGGGGCGAGCACGGUCCGCCUCGCAGGUCUCGGUGACGCCCUCGAUCGACAUCAAGGUUGAGGAGACUCCGCAGGACGACUGGACGCAGAGCGUACUGCUGGCCGCUUCCGUGGGCGAGAGCUCUCGGCCCUGA